AGUAUACUUUCUAGAUCGUUAUCGCGUAGGCUACGACCUGUACCUACAUAGUAGUACAUACCUAACAAGGCACGUUGUAGCUUCCAUCACCUCACCUUGCCUUAUGCACGAACUGUACGAACUUAUACACUACAUUAUACACACAUCUUCACAUCUUCCACCACUUACACUUCCUUACACUUCUUACCUACAUAUGUAUUUUCACUUUUUUCCCUUCCGGCUGCUAUUACAUACAUAUUCUUGGCUUAUUUCUCACUGCGUCAGACGUUGAUGCACUUAUUCUAAUCCAUGUUGGACCCUGUCUUGCCUUUAUGGGCUCUCCUUUUGUCUAUCAUCGUCUCAUAAAGGCAUAUCCGACGUCUUAAUAUCCAUCUUCAACCACAUUGUGUCCCCUGCCUACGAGUGGAGAGAGGCUAUCCCAAGUCUUCAUGGCGCCCACUACGCCCUCCCAAAGCCCCGAGCCUAAAUCGGGCUCGCUUACAAGCUCGAAUACCUUUCCUCGUAACCGAACCCCAGAAUCAAACGGACCGAAAUCUCGAACGCAACGCGCAAGUACCAUAGAGAAUGGCGCUGCACCGCGAGUUAGUAUUAUACAGGAGACACCCCCGCAGCAAACACGGCAAAAGGAGAAGCCCGAUACCUUCGAGUCGGAGACCAACGAUGAUGUAAUUGAAGCCCCGAGAGCUUCUGUUGAUAUGGAUGAGAUUCCGAUUGAGCUAGUGAGCAAGACAGACAACUUCAUCGACUCGCUUUCGGCCAAAGUCCACCCAGCACCUCCCAAUAUCGAGAAUCUUUCCAAAUUAUUUCAGGACUUCUACCAUGUUGCCGCAUCACACAUCAAGACGCAUAUAGAUAGCCUCGCUACUCGACAAACACGAGAAGCUUCGCCGACCCCUUCGAGUUACUCUAGGGCCUCCGCAGCUAGCCUACUUAGAGCUAAGGCGGCAUCUUUUAGCAAUAAGGAGAAAACAAAAGCAACACCGACAAAGGAGGAACAACAGAUGCUCACUGCCGAUGAGUAUGCCAAUAGGAAAAAGGCUAGAAAGGCAUUAGAGCAAAAGAGAGUUCUGCUCGAGGAAGCAGUUGAAAGGCGGCUUUGCGAGGGUAUUUACGACCGGAUAUACCGACAUAGAACUACUCAGGAUGAGGCUCAGGACGAUAAACUCAGAUCUAAGACGGCCGCGCUAGCUCUCGUCGGCAUUGGGCCUGCGGACUUGGGUGUCGACCUUGGUGAUUCAGAGGAUACACCUGAAGCUCGCGCAAAUAGGCAAGAGGAAAUCCGAGGGUACUUAGAACAAGCCCGGAAAGACCUAUAUAAUAUGCACGAGAAGAGAUACCCUCUGGGGAAGCUGAAUCAUCUCAAAGCUGCUCACAAGAGUAUCGUUGAUACUCUAUCUCAUUUCCACCCCUCGUCAUCCGCCGACGAGAUUAUGCCGAUGCUUAUCUACACAUUGAUAACCAUGCCUCCCGAGAAACUCAACGUAAUUAGCGAUUCGAAUUUCAUACAAAGAUUUCGAUGGGAAGAGAAACUAGAGGGAGAAGCAGCUUAUUGCCUGACAAAUCUCGAGGCUGUAAUCACCUUUUUACAGACGGUAGACUUGGCCAGUCUUAGGGCGGAUGAAGCAUCAUCAGGGCCUGUGAAACUCGAGACUCAAACGGAGAUGCCAAAGGCGGAAACCUUCCCCCCUGCUUAUACCGCAGGCCUAUCUGCGCCAGCAUCAAACUCGACUACUGCUACACCCGAGAACGUCCAGCCUGUGAAGCACACCCAAUCAGCUGCAAGCUUAAGAGCUGCCGUUCAACGCCGCAGGCUGAGCGAUCUUAUCCAGACCCCAGCCCAAGCUAUCGGGACGGCAAGUGACUCAAUAUUCAGCACCGCUGACCAAGGUUUCAAAACUAUCGGAACUAGUCUAGGUGAUAGCUAUAAGUUCUUGCUCGGUAAACUCCGAGAUAGCUCUGCGAGUGGGCGAGAAUUAGUGGUACCAAGAACAUUAGACGAGGCACGGAAGCUCAUAGGUACUCCACCUCCUGAGGAUGAUGCCUCUAUUGAUGGCAGUUUGGUUCAGGGAGGCGAUAAUACGGAGCACUCCACAGCCGCAAAGGAAGACAAACUAUUGUCUUUGGUUGGUGGUAAAGGUGUUGCCAGAGACCGAAGUGCAGAUAGCACGAGGAGUGGUAGGAGCGCGAGUAGCUCCAAGAAAGCGGAGAAUAAGGAGAACCCUACUACCCCUGCCGCGACGCCUUCGCCCUCAUCUUCGAACCCGGCUUUGGUCGAGUCGAUGCGAAAUUUAGGCAAUUCUUUAAACCCUAUGAACCGCUUUUCGGGAAUGAGUAUGAUGCGUGGCUUUGGACGUGCAGCUACUAUUCCAACUCCGACCCCGCCUGCGAAGGACGCUGCCGUCAAGACAGCAGAUGGCGGGGAUUUAGCUACGGCAUUCCCGGAUAUCGCCGCGGCACUACCGCCGAAGGAUAUUCCGAAGAUUGACCCGCCCAAGAAGAAAUUCAUGGAGCUCCAGAACCCCGCUGAUCUUAGAAUCGGUGACGUCCUAGAGCUGCUGCGGGAUUAUCGUCGCCUCGCUGGUGCCCUCAAGGACAUGGACGCCUUUAAGGAAUAAGAAGCCAGCGUGCCUAGAAUUUUAAUACUUCGAUACCGCGGGCGGAGGAGAUGAAAUUGCUGCGAGUAUGAUGUGUAGGUACCUACAUAGGUGUAUGGGGCUUUUCAUUUAUGGGAUCUACGGGCGCAUCUGCAUAGGAUGGAGUUUAUGAAGGGAUUAUGAUUGUUCGCUUUUGCAAUUUGAAAGGAGUCCGGUCUGGUCCGCCGAUAUAGAAGGGAGAUUCGGAGUUCGGAGUGGAGUAACAAUACAAUAAGAGAAGGAAUUUAGAAAAGACGGCAAUGCCUCUUAUCCUCAAAUCAUCAGUCAAUGAAAUAACACAUGAAACAAAUUAUCAUACUCAAGAUGUGUAUUUAUGUUUAUGUCUUCCUAUAUAUAUGAAUCAAGAGGGG